GGAGCAGCUAGAGUUUGAUCUAUACACGCGUGUAAACUACAAGUGGAAAGCUGUAACAGUUUCACAAUAAUAAUACAAUGUCAACAUGGUUCUACCGGCAAUUCGGCAGCCUAUAAUCUUGCGACAGUCUGUUUUUAAUUGUAAUGCUUGGAAGUCAAGAGCUUACGGGACAGCAGUAGGGCAGCCGCCGCCAGAGAUUCUUUAUGGAUCAAAGUCUGGGACUGUAAUCAAACAGGGGCCGGGGCGUCAGGCCAGAGUAUUCAGCAGGAGAUGUUACGGGACUGAGAGUGGGGGAGUUAGGGUGAGAUUCGCACCCAGCCCCACAGGCUUCCUGCACCUGGGAGGACUGCGCACUGCUCUCUACAACUACAUAUUUGCAAAAAAGCACGGAGGGAGUUUCAUCCUGAGAUUGGAAGACACAGACCAGAGCCGGCUUGUCCCUGGGGCUGCAGAGAGGAUCGAGAACAUGCUGGAAUGGGCAGGGAUACCUCCGGAUGAAAGCCCUCGCAAGGGUGGCCUUUUCAGUGCCUACCAGCAGUCUCAGCGCCUGGGGCUGUAUCAAGAGGCUGCCAAGACUUUAGUAGCCAACGGAGCGGCUUACCACUGCUUCUGUAGCCCUCAGAGACUGGAGCUGCUCAAGAAGGAGGCCCUGCGAAACAGACAGACACCAAGGUAUGACAAUCGAUGUAGGCACCUGAGUCCUGGUCAGGUGGAGGAGAAGCUUGGACAGAAGCAGCCGCAUGUUCUCCGGUUCCGGCUGGAGGAGGGGGUUGAGCCCUUCCAGGACAUGGUUUACGGGUGGAACCGGCAUGAGGUUGCCACUGUGGAAGGAGAUCCGGUGAUCAUCAAGGCUGACGGUUUCCCCACAUACCACUUAGCCAACGUGGUUGACGACCACCACAUGCAAAUCAGCCACGUUCUGCGCGGCACAGAGUGGCUCAUCUCUACCUCCAAGCACCUGCUGAUGUACAGAGCUUUCGGCUGGGAAGCCCCCACGUUCGGACACCUCCCCUUGUUGCUGAACAAGGACGGAAGCAAGCUUUCCAAGCGGCAGGGAGAUAUCUUCAUUGAACAUUUUGCACUAGCAGGGUACCUGCCUGAAGCGCUGCUUGAUAUCAUAACCAACUGUGGCUCAGGAUUCACAGAGAAUCGAGUUGGUCGGACACUGAAUGAACUUAUUGCCGAAUUCGAAAUGACCAAAAUAACAACCCAUUCUGCUCUGCUGGAUCUCGAGAAGCUUCCUGAGUUUAACAGGAUUCAUUUGCUUCGGAGAAUUGGCGAUGCUGGUCAGCGCCAGGCUCUGGUUAAGGAUCUGCAGGUUCUCGUAGAGAGGGAGUACGAGGAGCAGCUCACAGAGAAAGGUGUUCUGCAGACAGAAUAUAUUGAGCGCGUCCUUCAGCUGAGGAAGGGUCAUGUAACCUGCCUGCAAGACCUGGUAUCUCCUGCCUACUCCUAUCUGUGGGUCAGACCCUCAGUGCCGCGAGAUCAGCUGCUGAAGGUUUCUCCUGAAGUAGACACAAUCAGCAAAUUGGUUUUAGAAUUGGUUCAGGUUGAGAAUUCUGUCUUAACGACUGAAAAACUGAGCACAGAGUUGAAGGGCCUGCAGAAUAAGACAAAGGGAACGAAAUUUGGUGCGAUAAUGAAAGUCAUCCGACUGGCUCUGAGCGGACAACAGCAAGGCCCAAGCGUGGCUGAGAUGAUUGUGUCCCUGGGACCCAGAGAAGUUAGUGAACGUCUGCAGAGAGUCCUGAGCAGCUGAUGUCAGUGUGUUUGUGUUUUUUUUUUUUCUUUUUGUGGACUUUGGUGGUCCUGGAGUCUGCACUUGUUCUGGGAGCUUUUCGAAGGGCAUGCAACAAGAAAAACACUGUCGGCUGUAUCAUGAAAGUCACUGUCAUGUGUAAAUAUUCGAAGGAUGUCUGUAAGGAGAUUUUUGCAGACUGUAUAACAAAUAUAAGUGUUCAUUCUGUCUCAGUUGUACAUUUUUAUAAUACAAUUUGUAGAAUGACAGCUAGGUGGGAUGGAUGAAAGUGUGUUGUUUAGAAUGUAAAUGUACUGGAUUCUCAGGGAUAAAUGGAUACUGUACUGUGGUAAUACUCUUGCCUGAAUUUGAUUAAACUUUGCAUGGGCACUUGUUCAUGUAGAGUGAAUGUAGCUCGCUGAUACAGCAUGUACUGACACCUGCUUGGCUAAGCUGUUGAAAGGGUUUAUCAUAAGAACCACUUAUCUGGUUUUCACAAAACUAUUUACAGUAUCUCUUUGGAUGGGGAAUAUAUGGUUUUUUAAAAUGUUUUCAUUGACAUGCCUUGUAUAAUUUUCUGUUUUCAUGAAAGGGUUUGCUCAACCCAUCAUUGUUUUUAGUUUUACAUAAAUUAUGCCUUUUAAAGAAAAUACACAACACGUGUAGUUGAUAGUUUUAAUAUCGACUUACGAAGUAAAACAUAACCUACUGUAAUUUCAGAAUAUAAAAACAAGUCAAUACACCUUUUAAAUAAAUAAUGUCGAUGGUGGGUUGAAUAUAACCCUAAACAAACAUUACUGUGUAAAUAAAUUCAGUUCAGUUAAAUAUCUUCUCUUUGGAGAAACC